ACCUCACUCAUCUGUCAUUCAACCCGUGUAAACAUUACGUCGAGUGCGAGUCAACCGUUCCAAUAAGUUCUCAAAUAUUUUCACAGAAUCAUGUCAACAAACGUGAAAUUCCGACUCGCUUCAGAUCGAGUGAAUACCCAAAUAUUAACAGGUGAUCGAAUUCCCCGCCUAUACACUCCCGGCGAAGUUGUCACAGCUCAACAGAGUUUCAUGCGAGGACAUGGGACCUACGUCGAGGACGACGACAUCAAAGCCUCCGUUGCGGGGGUCAUGGAGCAGGUGAACAAGUUGAUUUCCAUUAAACCCUUGAAAAGCCGAUAUGUCGGCGAGAUUGGGGAUGUCGUUGUGGCAAGGAUAACUGAAGUACAACAGAAGAGAUGGAAGGUUGAUACCAACUCUCGACUGGAUUCCGUCCUUCUUCUGUCCUCCGUGAAUCUCCCAGGAGGUGAACUGCGACGCCGUUCCGCCGAGGACGAACAAAUGAUGCGAAAGUACCUCCAGGAAGGCGAUUUGAUCUCCGCCGAAGUCCAGAACAUCUACGACGACGGGAGCCUGUCCCUCUAUACGCGAAGUUUGAAAUACGGGAAACUGUCCCAGGGAAUCCUGGUCAAGGUUUUCCCUUCGCUCAUCAAGCGGCGCAAGACACAUUUCCACAACCUUCCCUGCGGAGUCUCAAUCAUCCUCGGGAACAAUGGUUUUAUAUGGAUUUCACCCACAUCGACUUCAGAAAGCGAGAACGAUGGAGGCUUCACCCAGAAUUUGUCGGAAGUGAUUCCGCGUGCAGAUCGGGAGGUGAUUGCGAGGCUGCGGAAUUGCAUCCUGGCCCUGGCGCAGUGCAAGAUGAUGCUCUACGACACGAGCAUUUUGUACGCGUUCGAGGAGUCGAUUAAGUACGAAGUGCACGAGCUGCUGAAUCAGGAGGCGAUUUUCGAUGUAGCCUUUCUGACGCAGCAUCGACUGAGGCUGCAGGAGAUAUGAGAAGAGAUGGAAAUAUAUUUUGUUUUGCA